GUGACCAUAUCUCCUUCCAUGAAGCCUCUGAGAUCUGCGCAGUUGGUGGGGAUGAAGAAAAAGGCCUUCUCAGUGGUGGCCACCCAGCUCUGGAAUUCAAUUCCUAGAGAGAUUAGGCUAGCCUCUACUAUUCAAGUUUUUCAGUCUAAUCUGAAAACAUGACUUUGUAAACAGGCCUUUGACCUUGAUUAGAAUUUUAGUGGUUAGACUCAAGGACUUAAUGAUUGCUUCACUUCGACACUUUGGAUUGAUACUUGAAGACAGCCAUUUUUAUCCGCAUGGGCUGCUGCAUUUUAUGGAAUUUUAAAUCUUAUUAAGUGACAUUUUUAGGUGAAGGUGUAGUGAAAUUUUAUUUGUGUUUAUGUUGUCAUUGUUGUAUAUGCUUAUUUAUUGUGUAUUCUAUGUGUGCGGCACUUUGGAGUGCUUUUGUGAACUGUCUCGAUUCCCUUCGGGUAUAUGGUCAGGGGAUAUAAAGUUUAGCAUUAAGUUUAUUAUUACUUGAAAUUAGAAAUCCCAGCCAAUAAGUGAAGUGGUAAAGUAAACAAGAACUAUACCACAUUUGUGUGUUAAUCACACAGACAAAUGGGAACCAGUCCCUCAUAUGAGUGUUUUGAGAAGAUACGUAUGAUAGAGAAGAACAGCCAUGAGCUCAUUGGAGGAAAGAUCAUUUAUAAGUGCAACUUACACAUCUCUCCUAGGUUUUAAGUCCCUUGUUCAGGACUAUCCCAUGCCCUGAUGUUUCAGGACCAAAACAUGGGAUGAUCCAUCAUGAUUUCACAGGAGAUGUUACAGGAGGCAGUUGAGAGAGUAGCAUCAACCAUAGUUACAUAAAGUAUGGCAUUCACAUAAAAAUAUUAAGAACAUGGAAAACACACAUAUGCACACUUUUAAAGACAGUGCUGUCACUCUGAGAUUCCUUACAUCUGAGAACAAGGAGUCUUAUAAGAUGCUAGAAGUCCUUACACAGGACAUUAGUGUGCUCUGUCUGGGGCAAACAGUCUAGGGAUGACUACCUCCCUAUCUUUACUUGUGUUUUGCCUCUGUUUGACAAUCUGACACAUUUUCCGUCCCUUUUGCACAUGAUACAAAUUUGACUCAUACACUGCUGCAAUCCAGAGCCUGCCGUAGUCUACAAUCUCUGUGAAUGUAUUCAAGGGAAAAUUGGAAAUGUUGAAAAGGGGAAACUUCUGGGCAGAGGGAGGGCCAAGUUCUUCAUAGCAUAUAAAAGGCAGAGUCUCUUUGCCUUACCAAAAGAGUCUCAGAAAAGCUGGUCACUUCCACCGUUGCUCCUGGAGCCUGAUCUGAGAGGAAACGAGAACGUGCCAUUCAUUGCAAGAUGUGGGCAAAGGUGCCUAAGCAGUCAACUCAUGGAAUUAGCCUAAGUAAAGCUUCGCUCUCUAGAGAUGGACAAGGAACCUGGCUGAACACAAGCAGCUUCCUAUGUGUUCCCAAGAGUAGAAAACCUUGAAAACUUAUUGUAUUUGGACAGAAGAAGCAAAAGCUUUUAAAGGAACUGAAGGUUACUUCAGAAUAUUACUGGAAAUUUUGCUAACGUAAUCCAUGGGUUGACCACAAGCCACCUGACAGAUGUGGUUAUUCAGAGGAGCAAACGGAUGAUUCUGGAUACCCUAGGAGUUGGGCUGCUCGGCACCAGGACAGAUGUUUUUCAGAAAAUGGUACAAUACAGUAAGGUCUACAGCUCUGACACAUCCAGUUCUGUCUGGGGUCACCCGUAUCUUAAGCUUCCUGCUCUGUAUGCAGCUUUUGUGAAUGGAGUGGCGAUUCACUCCAUGGACUUUGAUGACACUUGGCACCCAGCCACACACCCCUCUGGGCCUGUGCUUGCUGCUCUCCUUGCUACCUCCGAAGCCAUAUCUAAAAACCAAAGGAUUUCUGGUCAAGACUUGCUUUUGGCUUUCAACGUAGGAAUUGAAGUACAAGGAAGACUGAUGCACUUUUCAAAGGAGGCCAGCAAUGUUCCUAAAAGGUUUCACCCACCAUCCAUACUUGGCACCCUUGGAAGUGCUGCAGCCACCGCUAAACUCUUGGGUCUCGAUCAGUUUAAAUGUAAGGAAGCCCUGGCAAUUGCUGCCUCUUAUGCUGGUGCACCAUUGGCCAACGCAGCCACCCAAACUAAACCUCUCCAUGUGGGCAAUGCAAGCAGGCAUGGCUUGGAAGCAACCACCUUGGCAUCCUUGGGUCUCCAGGCAAACAAACAGAUCCUGGACCUUGAGUCAGGCUUUGGAGUCUUUUACACAGAAUACUUGCCUCAGACUCUGCCAAGCUUGGAAUGCUAUUCUUGGUUGCUGGGCCAACAAGACGUUGCCAUCAAGAGCUUCCCAGCACACCUCGGCACACACUGGAUGGCAGAGGCAGCCCUGGCCGCACGGAAGCACCUUGCAAAGAAUGGGGAGUCCCUCCCCAUUGGCCGAAUCAAGACGGUCGUGCUUAAAGUCCCGGACAUGCAAUAUGUUAAUAGACAAUUCCCUUCCUCUGAACACGAAGCUAGACAUUCUUUCCAAUUUGCGGCAUGCUCUGCAUUGCUGGAUGGCUGCAUCUCUGUUGAGUCAUUCAAAGGGAGGAACAUUUCCCGCCCAGAGCUAAAGGAGCUGCUCAGCAAGACAUGUCUAGAGCAUCCUCUUGACAACCAUCCCAGUUUUAACAGCCUUUACUGCGAAAUUGUCAUCACCCUCCAAGAUGGAAACACCUUCUCAGAGCGUUGUGAUACUUUCUACGGGCACUGGAGGAAGCCACUGCGCAGGGCAGACCUGGUGAAAAAAUUCCAUGCCAACACCACCACUGUUCUCUCGCUAGAAGGUGCUAAACGCAUAAUUGAAACAGUCGAUGACUUAGAAAGACUAGAAGACUGUAGAGUGUUGAUCUCCCUUCUCCAAGGGCAUGAGUGGACAGCCAAACAGGCAAAACUCAGAAAUGAGUUGCCCUAAAGGAGACUUCUAAAAUGAAGUUUCAUCACUGCACAAUUGAGAUGGCUUAUCAGACUUAAGAUAGCCUGGUUUUCUCAAAAAUUGUUUGCUGUGGAUCAGAUGAACUUCUCCAAAGUAAAUCCAAAAUCAUUAUGUAUUUUAUAUGCACAUCCAGGAGCCAAAAAACAACAACAUACAAUGUUAAUGUAUGUAUGUGUGUGAGAUAAACAAGAGCUCUCUGCUUUGGGAUAGCAAGAAUAGCUCUUCAGAUCUUGACCAAUGGUGCUUUCAUUUGCAGAGUAUCACAAAGCCUCUUCUAAGUCCUAUGGCUUUUAACCUGGGUCACAAUCCUGCUGUCUCCUAGUGCAGGAAGACCAAGUUCUGUAUGUCUCAUUUGGGGGCAAGGAGUAGUGAACUUUGUUGUCAUGUUUCUGGGACACUUUAGAUGUCAUUAUGUGCAAACUGUCAUGUGAUUCUUUCUGUAUUAUCAACUAAGAUGUUUUAAAAUUGCCCUGACAAGAUGUUCUAGAAGCCAUUUUCUCUGCAAUGAAUUUGUUCUCAUGCCUUACCAACCUGCAUUCAAUAAAAUGUUAAAGACUGCCA